AUGGAAAAUGAUGGAUUUAACAUAUAUUUUUCAAUGAGGUUACAUCAUCCCCUGCAGUCGACCGUUCCAUUAAUACAACGCUGUGUGGUGGUCACCCGUCAGGUGGAUGGCUACGGCCUCACCGUAACAGGGGAUCACCCGGUAUUUGUUCAUACCGUUAAACCUGAUGGUGCAGCAUUUCAUGCUGGUGUCCGACAAGGUGAUAAAAUUUUGAAAGUUAAUGGUAUGCCUGUAACUGCUUCUAAUCAUCUCGAAGUUGUUCGCAUGAUAUCUGGAGGCCAAACGGUUGCACUAACACUGCAGGGGCCACCUCCAGAAUCUUUUACGUUUGACGUAGGAGAUAUGUUACAAUUACGAUCACAUGAAAAUAAACCAAUUGUCACCGAAUCUAUACCCAUUGACGUAUUACUUAUCAUUAUAUUUUUGAAAAAUGAGCGCGCAUUGCGUACAAUUUGUUCGUUGAACUAUCAUUUAAGAUUUUAUGCUUUCAAAGAGUCAUAUCACGCCUUAUUUACUAAGAAUUUAAUCUUUCAGAACGAUCGAAAAGAAGAAUGGAAGCGAAAGCGUGUGAAAAUUAUUAGGCAGAUGUUGGAUGAAGAACGUCGGCAUGUUGAAAGUUUACGGGAAACAUCAGUGGAAGGGAUACAACUAGAGCGAGCUUUGCAACGUAUUGAAAGUCUGCAAAAUCAGCUAAAAAAUAUGGAGCGAAUAUUACCUCAGGAGAAAUGGAUGGUGAAUAGUGGCAUGCAUUUUGUUCAUUCAGCAGAAAUCAUCCCCAUGGAAGAGGAAACGGAUGACGAAGAAUCCGAGAUUCCUUUUAAUCUUGAAGCUCAGGGACCUUUUUCGAAUUUUGCUGACCUCAAAACACAUCCGGCUCACUUGGCUGCUUUCAUCAAUUAUCUUUUAGCUAAUGCCAAUCCAAGCAGUGUGUUUUUUUAUCUAAUUACGGAUGCUUAUCAAAGUUCUGGUGCUAGUCCAAAAGACCUGCGGAAAUGGGCCUACGAAAUAUUUUCUACUUUUCUCAUACCAAAUUCGCCACUUUCUUGGGAUAGUAUUGAUCAAUCAUUGAUCCAAAGUAUAGACAAGAUAUUAGCGGGAACUGUACAGGCAAUGGAUGGUGAUCUUGACCAGCUUCUUAAAGUGUUUGUUUCAGCAAGAAAAAAAGCACUAGAUGACAUCAACGAAAAUUUGGCAGAUUUUCGCCAGAAACGUCUCAUAGGCUUGGGAAGUUUAUUUGAUGCAAAUCAACUGGCGCAUAUAAGUAAGGGUGAUACAGCGAUGGAAACUCGGGUUGGAGAAGCUAUCUUGAUUCGUUCUUUAGAAAAUAUGCUGAAUUCGGUGAAUCAAGACUUAGAAAACUGUGAAUCACGUUCAUUGGCUAUCAUUGCGGCUUUAGCUACAGUUAUUAAGGUUGUUUUAAGUAUGCGAUCUAAUACGAACGAAAAAAUUUUGGAUCGAUGUCCAACAUUUGUGACCAAGGAUAAAGGUGGUAUGUUCAGGAUGAAAAUGGCAUCCAAACGGUCAAUACAGGUCAAAGGUCAUCAGUUUUUAUUGAGUCCAGUUCAUUUGACCAUUUACUGUUAUCAAUGUCGUGAUGCUGUGUGGGGCGUUAAUGCACAAGCAUAUUUUUGUCAAAACUGUGACGUUGUUGUGCACAAACAAUGUACAUCCUCCCUUGCUGAUCACUGUUAUCCUGCAACCCAAAAAAAAGCUGGAGUAAGCAAAACAAAACGACCGGGAUCUGCUGGAAGAUAUGAGGGUGAACCAUCAUCUUAUGAGGGUUCUUUUUCAGCAACAGUUGAACAUACUCAUCCAAAGUCUGUUAUUGCAGAUAAAGAGUUACAUGGAGUUGACAACGUCAAAUCUACGUCAUCCGAUUCAGGAAUUGGAACAGAUAUGGAGAAACCAGUGUCCAGAUCACAAAGCAUGCGUUCUCGAGCUGAUGAAAUGCAAGAUGGUCGGCGUGGUCGAUCGGCUUUUUCAUGGGGAGGUACAUUAGCACCACCAGAAGAAGGUGAAGAACGACCGCGAAGAGCAAGAAGUGACGUAGAUAGCGAAGAUAAAUCUUCACCGGUUACACUUACCAGAUGUAGUUCAUUAGUGUCCCAUACAUCUGGAGUGGACGAUGAAGUUCGUCGAAUGAUGAUCGAUCGAAUUGAGAGAACAACACUUGGAGAUUGUGAAUGUGAUAGUGAUCUUGAGGCUAGUUUAAUUGAACUGAAUACGCUUUAUAUCCAAUCUGUAGAGUUAUUUCACACGGAACGGACUCAUGUAAGAAACUUGAAGAUACUUUACAAAGUAUUUUACAAGCCAAUGAUUUUACAAAAUAUCGUGCCACCAGAAGUGAUCAAAUUAUUCUUUCCAAAUCUUGAGGAUUUGUUGGAAGUACAUGGCAAUAUGUCUAGCAUGAUGAGGAAUAGGAAGGAGGAGUGGAAACGAGACUGCACGUUGAAUGGUCUAUUAGGUAAUGUUGGCUCACUAAUGGAAGAUCUGUUUGGUGGUGUCAAUGGUUUAAAACUUAUGGAAGCGACGUCAACUUUUUGUCAACAUCAGCAACAUGCAUUGGAUAUUUUACGACAACGAUGUAAAAAAGAAAAAGACGAUCAGUUAAGUCGUUUUCUAAUUGAAGUUGAGUGCAAUCCGUUAUGCCGUAAGUUACAAUUAAAAGAUAUGUUACCUGUUGAGAUGCAGAGAUUGGUAAAAUAUCCAUUGUUAUUAGAAACCAUUGCCAAGUAUACACAGGAACCUUCUGAAGAGCAAACAAAAAUAUUGAAUAGUGUCAACUCUGCCAAACGAAUUCUUUCAGCAGUAAAUACAGCGAAAAGAAAUGCAGAAAAUUUGAGAAGAUUGGAAGAGUUGCAAAGGCGUUUGGUUACAACUUCGUAUGAUCGUGAGAGUUUUGGUGGUGAUUUCAAUUCCCUCAAUUUAACACACUACAAACUGGUGCAUGAUGGACCUUUGACCUGGCGAUGUAGUCGAAAUAAAAUGAUUGAAUUGCAUGUUGUUCUACUCGAGAACGUGCUGAUAUUGCUUACGAAAACGGGUGAUGGAAGCAAAUUACUUUUGAAAGUUCAGGAGCCAUCUAAAGAUACUCGAUGGUCGCCAAUUUUACCUCUGUCAACUUUAAUCGCCAAAGAAAAAGCAAAUGAUAAAAGAGCUUUAUUUAUUGUAAAUACGAUGGAGCGGGGUGCACAAAUUUAUGAAUUGGUUACAGCUACUGCUACUGAACGGAAGACGUGGUUUAAAUUGAUCUCGGCUCAAAUCGAUCUCGCAAAAAGUGAGAACAUUCAACACGAUUUGAAUUCUCAUACUAAUAUCGGUCCAUUUGAAAUGGAUGGAACAGAUAGAAGUAAUACAUAUCGAGCAGAAGAACUUGAUUCUUGUGAACGAGUACAAAUUUCAACUCACCCACGACUUGUUAACGCCAGCGAAAUCACGGUUCAACAGCCAACAAUCUUAGAACAUGCACAACCGAUUCUAACUCCAACAGAGCGAUUGAAAAGAAAUGAUGAAUUGAUUCUGAAAGCGUUAAUGGAAAAACAAGCUAUAUUGGCCGAAUUUCUUCCUGAACCUCAUAAAGGUGACUUAGUGGAACUUGAAAAAUUAACUGAACAAUUGAUGGGUAUGGCUGUUGCGGAAUUGAAACAACGUGAUGGUCAAGAGCUAGCGAUGAGUGCAAUUGUCCAUGGGAACCGUUUGCUCGAUGCAAUUAAUCAAGGUUUGAGUGUCUGCAAAGAUGUAUCGGAAUCAAACAGCGGUGCAGUGGUACUAAAAUUGGAUAAAGUUGAAAAAGAUGUUCCAACUGUUGCAUGUUAUAAGUUGACUGCUAUAGCAGCACCAUUAAUGAAUCAUUUAAAAGCAAUUAUGCAAGUUAUUCAAGAUCAACAAACUGAAAUCAAAACAAUCAGACAACAGCUACAUCAAUACAAAGAACUUGCUGAUAGUGCUGCAAAUCAUACUGGUAGUGAAGAAACACUAACAGAAGGAAUGGAUGGUAAACCUGUGUUAUCUGAUGCAGAAGUAGAAAGACGUAAACGGUUACAAAACAAACGUCAACGCAAUACAGCUGUAACUCUUUCGGUGGCUUCAAUACAUCUUCAUUCUCCGACAACCAAUAGCUGA